AUGAUGCAGCAGCGGGUGCUGCUGCUUCGAGGUCUGCGGGAGCGACUGGCUCGCGCCCUGUCGGAGCUGACCAAGGCGGCAGGGCUUCUGCGAGUGGGGGAUCGGCUGCUGGCGGCGUCGGCCCCUGGACAGCUGCCGUACACCAUGGGUACGAGAGGUACGGCGAUGGUGGACUCCGCGUCGGUGGGUUUCGCUGCGGCGGCGGCAGCCGUUGCGGCGGAGCGGCUAACGUACUUUCCUAGUACACGGAAACAAGGCGAGCAGGAGAGCGUGGUGAUGAAGGUCAUUGAAGAUGACGUGCGAACGGCCGUACGCGGCAUGACGGCGGCGCUGGAAGGCCUGCUGUCGUACGCUGGGUACGACAUUCCGGAGAAGCCGGUACGGACAUCUUCCGGGGAGUUGAACGAUCAAUCGCUUUUCCUGGAGAUCCGCGGCUUGCUGGAUCUGCUGCGGCUACAGCCACAUGCCGUGCACGCCCUUGGGCUGGCUCCGGAACCUGUCCAACAGCCAGUGCCGGCGGAGUCAGCGGCGGCCACGUCGGCAACACCUUUCUUGUAUCAAAUGGCGGCGAUCCCGGCGGCGGCGGUGCCGCCGCCGCCGUCAGCGGCUUCCCGCGAGCCGGCGACCCCGGCGGUGGAGGCAGCGGGCGGCAGUAGUAGCAGCAGCGGAGCCAGCAGCAGCCGACCCAUGGGUCUUCACGUGGCGUCAGGCGGCGACUCGGCAGCAGCUGCUCUUCGUGCCGCAAGGAGGGCUGCUGCACUGGCAGGUCCGUUGGUACCGUUGCCGGCUACAGCCCGCAUGCCGUCACGUUGGAAGCGCCAUUGGCUCCGCUACUGUGCCACCGGGGGUGUACUGCUGUACGGCGGCAUGUAUCUUGUACGACACAGUCGCUUAGCGGGCAGCGAUGAUCUGGACAGAUGGAUCCUGACUGUCGUAUCUGCCGUACGCUCGGCUCUGCGUACCCACGUGGUGGAGCCACUGGCUGCCGUACGGGACGAGCUCUUCCGUACUUUCCGUGAUCGGCCUGCAAUUGUGUCGCCAAAGGACUUUUCCCUUAGUCCAGCACUGCCCGGUGAUGUGGGGUUAGGUGCGGCGGGGGCGAGUAGCGGCGACGGCAGUGGCAGCGGUACGGCGGGGGGAGAUGAGGUCCUCGCCGCGGGCAUGGCCGUACUGAUGCGCUCGUACGAGGCUGAGCUCCGGAACCCGCUCCGAAACCUGAUACUAGGCGACCUGGCGCGCGCGCUUCUCAUACAGGUCCAGCACGUCAAGGUGGAUGGCGAGGCGGCCAUGUUGCGACUGGACCAGAUCCUGAGAGCCAACGAGCUCUCCCUCAGCCUCAUGGCGGCGCUGCCCGCACUGGGCAUCUCGCUGGCGGUGGUGGUAUUUUCGGAGGUGACGGCGUUGUACGCCUCCGCAGAUCGCACUUCACGGUUUAGUGAGUGGCGGCAGCUGUAUGGCGAUCUGCUGACGUUGGCAGCUCCAGCGCCCUCACGGGAGCUGUUGGCCACCCAUCAGCGCAUGAUGCGGACCUACUCCGUAUUCCAGAGAUAGUCGUCGGAUUUAGGUGGUCGGGUUGUUAUUAAAGAGGCGGAGGAGGUCGUGUAGUUACGGCUUUCGGGUUUCCUGGCAUCAUAGGCAUGGGAGAGGGUUGAAGUGAUGAUGUGAGGGGUAAUUGACAGCGUUUCGGCCGCGCGAGUUUGGCAGUAUAGCAUUUUUUGGUAUCAAGGUGAAAAAGGCUGUAGCAUUUCAGACCCGGAUGAAUGGCGGGAGGCGAGAUCGCGCGUGGGGAUUGCUGCGGCGUUUGGGAACAGGCUUUAGGUGUGCGGCCGGCCAAAGGCGCAGACUCUGGCAUUUAUAAAUACUGUGUCUCUG